GCAAUGUCCGCGUCGUUGAACGAAGCACACCCCAAAGGAGGAACAUAGUUCGGAUAUUCCAUCCAAUAUUUGUUGUCUUUCUCGUGAAGAUGGCGGAGGACGGAAAAGUUAGCAAGGUUUUAAAGUACAUCCUAUUUGUAUUCAACCUCCUUUAUUGGGGUAUUGGUGGAGUCAUGAUGGGUGUCGGCUUUUGGGCCGUGACUCAGAAGAGUGAUUACAAAGAAUUCUCCAGUAUCUCCACCGACCCAGCAGCAGUCAUGAUUGCUGUUGGUUUCUUAAUCUUUAUCAUCUCCUUUUUUGGUACAGUAGGUGCUCUUCGGGAAAACAUAUGCUUCCUGAGAACUUAUAUGUUUGCCAUGAUAAUCAUUGUCCUUUUGGAAGUGGUAGCAGGAAUGUUGGCUUUUGCCUUUUGGCCUGAGGUCCAGAAGUCAGUUGACAAUCAGUUCAAAAAAGCUAUUGAGCAGUAUAGAGAUGAUCCUGAUCUACAGAAUGCUAUUGAUGCUGUGCAGGAGGGUGUAAGUAAAGGAAUCAUUUUUUCUGUUGUACAUAUUACAAAUGUACGUAGAGUACGCCAUGAACUGUGGAAGAUGAAAGGCCAAGCUGAAGUCCUUGGGAAGAACAGUAAACACCUGAAACCUAACAUUCAGUGUGGCUGGCAUGUCAGGGAACAGCAUCGUUUGGCUCUGAAGGAUAAAAUCUAUAUCACUGGCUGUUUGGAUGCUGUUUGGGAGUGGUUCAGGAACCAUCUUGUUAUUGUCGCUGCAGUUGCUGUGGCUUUUGCCUUCCCUGAAGUGGCUGGAAUUGUUAUGACUCAUUUAUUCAUAAAACAAAUUCAAGAGCAGAUUGAAGCAUGGAAAAACCCGCCAAAGUACAGAUAUAGGCCAAGUCAGGAUGUGAAUGGAAGAAGUGGCCCAUUUUAUUAACCUGCUUUUCUAGUUGUUUGUGUACAUGUGACAAUGUAUUUUGUAGAAUUCCGAUAAUUUAAUGGUUGUAGUAGUUGUUAGUAUUCCAUGGUCUCACAGGUGUCCGGCCAGCACUUGCUUGAUUGUUUACUGAAAUGGAUACAUGUACAUGUAUUGUCAUUCGUCCACAGAUUUAAGACAUAGUUACUGUACCCAAAUUCGACUUAAUGACCAUGAUAUUGUAGCCAUAUCAGGUCAAUGACUUGAUAUUGCAGGAUAUCAGGACAGUAUUAGGACUGAUCAUCAACAGCGGCUGUUUGGUCUAUUCGUUGCUUCUGAUUGGCUAAUUGCGGAAAUGGGUACGAUAGAAAUGUAUUCCUGGCAUAAGAUCUUUGAUAAUUUAUUAUUAUUAUUAUUAUUAUUAUUAUUAUUAUUAUUAUUAUUAUUAUUAUUAUUAUUAUUAUUAUUUUUAGGCUUCCAUUACUUGUUUUGAAGCGUACAGUCUCUCCUACUAUUUCGACAUUCCGUACCUUCCCCCUUCUCCUUUCAAGCAAAUCUGAAUCCAUCACUGUACAUGUCACAUAUGACUUGUGGGUCUGGUUUUAUUUUGGGUUCCAUUAACCUACAAAUUUGGCCACCUCUCAUUGACUCCAAACCAACCGGGAGCAAUGAGCGUCUGCUGUAUUUUAAGUCAUGUUGAACUAAAGAGCUGUUUUAGCUUUAGUGUGAAUAGGGAUUUAGUUAGCUUCCUAUGCAGACAUUCUAUGGCUCUUCACACACUCCUCCCCAGAGAGCGUCUGCUUGGAAAACUUCAUGUAGGUUUUAGUCGGUCAAAAGUUCACCUUAUGUUGUUUUAUACUGUACUCACUUUUUUAAAGUUUGCUGCUGCUGUGUUCCUUUGACCUUCCACGGUUCAAGUAUCGAUAAGCUAAGUUAAAUAUAUAGGAAGGCAUUAUGUUAGUUGGUUUUGGUUUUGUUGUGGUUAAGCUCUAAGCAUUAAUCUCUAAUACUCUUGAAAAUGGGCACAGUUAUUUUCAUCUCAGGUUAUUCCAUAUACAUGUGGUCGGUGCAUGACGGGACUUUGCAGUUGUCACAGAACUGAUAAAAAUUUUAAGAGUUCAUGAGUUUUGGUGGACGCUGUCUCAAAAUUAGAGACCCUUGUAUGGAUGUUGAACCACAUUCAAGGUCCAUAACUUGGUCUCUGUUCACCCUAAAAGCAUCAAACUUGGUCAAAUGACUAAUCUCAACGUGCUCUUUCAUGUGAUAGUGUCAGUUUAUCGAUUGGUUAAAAUUUGAAACUCACCUCAGUUCCCUGCGCAACUUGGAAAUGGUCAAUUGCCACAGUCAAGUCUCAUCUCAGUGAUGGUUACAUGGACAUCUUAAAACCGACCAGUCUAGUAACUACGGAUUUCGUCGGUAAUUGUCGGUGGUUUUCAGGUUUUUUCGUAGGACAUGGAGAUUAAUUUAAGGUGCAUUUGUACCAAGUGCAUACGUAUUAGUAUAGGUAAUGGUAGAUAGCUUAAACGAGUUAAUAUGCACUCACCAGAGGCAAGCGUUGCUUAAUUUAGGGCAGACACUUCCUUAACCGUUGUAAUAUAAAAAGGUGUGUAUAAUAUUUUGAUAAAGCUUGGAGGCCAUAUUCCCAUAACCCCUCCUUGGGCCUCAGUUUGAUAAAAUAAGCUCAAUGUAACAGCGUUGCUAUCCACAGUAGUUUGUAGCCAAUGAACAACAAUGAUGUACAGUUGUACAAUCUAAAUCUGGUGUAGAAAAUCUUUAUUAAAAUUGUAGUUUGCAAUCA